UUCAAGCACUCUGCUUUCUCUCCUAACAUUCCAAAAAAGAAAAUCACUUUCUUCUUUCUUUGCUUCAUUUGUUUUGGAAUUGAAAAACAGUCAAUGGAAGCCAAAGCUCUUCCUCCUGGUUUUAGAUUCCACCCAACCGACGAGGAAUUGAUAAUUCAUUACCUCCAAAACCAGGCCACAUCCAGACCCUGCCUUGUCUCAAAUAUCUCUGAAGUCGAUAUUUACAAAUUCGAUCCUUGGGACUUGCCUGAAAAAGCAGAAUUUGGAGAGAGAGAGUGGUACUUCUUUAGUCCCCGAGACAGAAAGUACCCAAAUGGGGUUCGGCCUAAUCGAGCUGCGGUGUCAGGGUAUUGGAAGGCCACAGGCACUGAUAAGGCUAUACAUAGUGACUCCAAAUGUGUUGGAGUCAAGAAGACUCUUGUGUUCUACAAGGGUAGACCUCCAAAGGGUGUCAAGACUGAUUGGAUUAUGCAUGAAUAUCGAUUAACAGGUUCAACAAAACCCAAUAAGCAACAUGGGUCCAUGAGAUUGGAUGAUUGGGUUCUCUGUAGGAUCUAUAAGAAGAGGCAUGCAGGGAAGGUGUUGCAUCAAAAACCUGAAAGAGAAUUGUACUCCCAAUCCCAUGUUGACAAUACAGGAGGUGGUGUUAGUGAUGAUACUAAUGAACAGCAACAAAUGAUGAAAUUUCCAAGGACUUCAUCGCUUUCUCAUAUGUUGGAGUUGGAUUAUAUGGGACCAAUUUCACAACUUUUGAGUGACAAUCCAUAUACAAUUCCAAACUUUGAUUUCCAAAGCACCAUGGCCUAUGCUAGAACAGACCAUCGGAGUGGCUUCAUUAACCAGCCAAUAUCUGAAUUUAAGUGAUUUUGCGUGGGUAUCUUUGGCUUUGUGAAGAUAGGGGUUGGGUUUGAUGGGGAAAAAAAUUGGAUUAUGUCAUCUAUUCAGAAACUGCACAAUUGGUCAUAAACGAUUAUAAAAAUUGGCAGUUAUGAAAUCUCUUUAAAAUAACAGUGUUAAUACCAUGGAAAGUUGUAAUUUAAAUA